GUGUUGAUGAGACUGUCAAAAUAGAUACACUUUGACAACUAACAGAGAACCACAACACUGAGUGCUACAUACACAGAACCCAACUAUUGUUCCCCCAAACAUGCCUAUCUCCAUCACGUCACCAUCAAGGGAACUGCAUUCACACAGCAUGGACAUGGACGACAAGAGGAGAAAUCAGACGAGAGGAAGCGACUUGAAAUCCAGACUACAGCGCAGACCUUCCCAAUCCCCCAACACUAAACGACUUAGCCCUGAGGAAAUUAUCCUGUGGUCCCAGUCUUUGGAGAGACUUCUCGCAUCGAAAUAUGGCAUGACAACAUUUCAAGCCUUCCUGAAGUCGGAGUUCAGUGACGAGAACAUUGAGUUCUGGCUGAUCUGUCAAGACUACAAGAAGAUCAAGUCGUCCUUCAGGCUGUCCUCCAGGGCCAAGAAAAUCUACAAGACAUAUAUUGAAGCCGAGGCUCCAAAAGAGAUCAACAUUGACCACCAGACCAGAGAUCUCAUCAGGCGGAAUGUGAAGACGCCCACCACAGUUUGCUUCGACGAGGCCCAAAGGAUUGUGUACAGAUUGAUGGAGAAAGACUCCUACCCCAGGUUCCUCAGAUCCAACAUCUACAGGACCUUACUGGACUCUGCAUCAGACUACAUUAAGGUGUAAAUGAAUACCAACGGUAGAAACUGGACCGAGGCUUCCAACAAUGGACUGCAAUGUUAGACAGCCAAGAAGGGUUUGCAAAUGGGAUUCCCUAAGAAGAUGUUUCCAAAUGUGAAUUCUACUGGGUACAGAGAUAAGAGGCCAAAGGGAAACAGAACAUACAGAAGUGACUUUGAAUCCUUGUUGACAUUUGUGUCUAGUAGUCUAUGUGCUUCCACUUGAAAGAUAAACACAACAGGGGCAGCAGCAGCUAGUGGUUAAGAGCAUUGCGCCAGUAACUGAAAAGUCGCUGGUUUGAAUCCCUGAGUUGACUAGGUGAUGUGCCCUUAAGCAAGGUGCUUAACCCUAAUUGCUCCUGUGAGUCGCUCUGGAUAAGAGAGUCAGCUAAAUUAAUAAAAAUGUCAAAUAGACAUAUAAUACAUAGAAAAGGAUUACAUAGAACAUAGAAAUAGAUUGUAUUUCUAUGACAGAGAUGGGGUGCUGGGGGAUUACCUUGCAGAGUAUGUGAUAGUUAGGGACUUUCUGUGUCUUGGGGGAUGUUUUCAAGGAUGCAUAUUAUGUAGCAUGUUAACAGCCAGAGCAGCAACUGCAUGAGCAGGUAUCUGCAGUUGAUCAGUGGAGUUAUUUGAUGAGACAUUAGAUAGGAUUAUCUACUAAGUGUGUAUUUUAAAACCAAUACAAAGUUAGAAUAGGAUAUGUUUUUAAUCUGACACCACGCCAUGAGGCAUGUAAGCUGAAAAACAUUAUAACAUGUUGGAGAAUUAAUAUGUGAAGGAAUGACAAUGUAAACAUGUUCUUGUUGCACUGUAUAUAUGUAAAAACAAAAAGAUUUCCAACGUAAUGAAUGCAUUUGUUUGCUAAAUUAGGAUCUUACUGAAUAUAAAUUCAAUAAAAACACAUACAUACACACACACACAACAAUUACUGCUUCAAUCCUUCAAAACACUGAUAAUUUACUUAGAACAUUCUAAGGUUUAUUAAAGACCAGUUUUGUUGAAGAAGCUUCACACAUUUUACUGAAAAGGUCACUUUUUACUUCAAGCAUUUGUGUAAAUUAUGCAUUAUGCAUCUGAACCAAAUAACAGCCAGAUAGUUUAACAGUUAAUGCAUAGAAAGAUAGAAGGGACUGCGGUUGAAAAUUGGCCGGCUGGCUAAAACCGGCACUUUUACUGAAACGUUGAUUAAUGUGCACUGUCCCUGUAAAAAUAAAAUAAACAAAACAUAUUACAAGCCUUUUUUAUAAGACAUCAUAAAGGCUCCUACAUGCUAAUAACAACUUAUAAAGCAUUACACCAGGAUGCUUUAGUUUAGGUCAAGUGUUACCAUGAGAAGGUUUUGGCGGGAGAGAAUCUAACUUUAUGUGGCAGUUUGUCGCUUCCUGUACCAGUUCUCUGUUUCAGAUGUGUUUGGUUGUUGAUUGAGGUAGUGAGACAAAAAAAAUACAUCAUGACAAAUCGUCAUAAUUUCCUUGUUUAGACAACACUGUGUAUUAGUAACCAGUUUCUACUCAUUUAACUGGGUCAUGUGACAGUCAGAAGCCUCAGAACGGUCGGGUUAGCAGACUUUCUAUCUCGUCAGAAGAACAGGAUGUGUGGAAGUUUUUUUUGCGCUGUGUUCUGACGGAGAGAGACAUAGCACAGACAUAUCAUUGACAAAAAUCUGCAAGUUGAAAAUCCUGCUUAUCAGGCACAGAAGCGCAUAACUUGUUUCUCACAAGUGUAUCAAAGGUUGUGAGCUCUGAAAACAACGUGUUCACUCUGUAAUGACUGUAAUAAGAAUAUAUUGAAUGCAUUAUCAGAAAUGACUGUAACUAAACAAAUUAUUGGGAUUAAUGGUAAAUGUACUACUGGUGAUAUAUUGUAUGUAAUGGGGAAUUGAUAGAUGCUAACUAUCAGAGGGCAAACAAUUUACACAAUGAAGUUAUGAAAUAAAUACACAUAAAUUGG